AUGCCACUCUUCCUCAUCAUCCUGCUGAGCACGCUUGCUUGGAGCAAGUCGGAGCUCUAUUUGGGAGCGAUAGGUGCAUGGACAGCUUACGCGCCGGACUUGCUGAUCGCCAUCAUCGCCGCGCAUUUGGACUUCCAGAAGAACUGGGAUGCAUCCGUAGCGGAGCGCUUUGGCCCGCCCAUCAUCCAGAUUCCUCAAGUCCAUCCAAACGCGACAUCCAUAAACCUUCGCAUUGGAACGACACAUGCUAGGCAAGAUGUGGGUGUAGCAUCUGCUUUGGACAUGAUGCUAGGGCUCGAUGGAGCGCCACCGGUCAUUGGGCUGAUCGGCGGGAGCUUAUCGUCGGUGACCAUGCCCAUUGCCACAAUGGCUGCAGUUCAGCAGGUCCCCCAGCUAUCUUUCUCGGCUACAAGCUUUGCUUUGUCCAACAAGGACGCAUACCCCUUCUUCCUGCGGACCGCCCCGCCAGACAAUAUCCAGUCUCGAGCCUUGUGGCGCUGGAUCUUGCAGUUCGAGGUAGUCCUGGCGACCUGCCUCUACACGACUGAAGGAUACGGCCAGGGUCUGUACACCGUUCUCAAGGAGCUUGCACAGGCCGAUGGUUAUCAGGACCGUGUCCAGGGCCAAGGGCUUCAAGAACCCUUUGACCGCGACGAGGCUCGCAAGGUUGCAAGAAUCGCCCGGCGGAUGGGCUCCCGAUUCAUCAUCUUGCUCAUGAGCCAAGUGAUGGCCAUGAGCUUCAUUUACGUCCUUGAGGAGGAGGGGAUGUUGAGCUCGGAGUGGCAGAUCGUGGGGUCAGACACCCUUUCCUCAAUUGGGAUUCGCCACGUGCUGCCUGUUGGCUUCAUGUUCUUCUUGUCAGAUGGCAAGGGCGAAAAGUUUCACGACUUCCGGCAGCUAUGGUCCAUGCUGGAACCAGAAGACAUCAUUGGUCCACAGAGUUUAGGCAAGUACAGGCUGAACAAGAUGAGAGAGCCAUUGGCAAAUGGAUCUGUCGAAGGGGUACUCACCGACACUUCCACUUGGGGCACUUCCUUGUCGGCCUACGCAGCAUUCUCCUUUGACGCUUUAUAUGCUUUCAUCAUUGCUAUCAACCAACUCUUGAACGCAGGAGUGCCGACCGACGCAAUUCAGGGCCAUGUGCUUCUCGAAGAGAUGCGCAAGACCAGCUUCACGGGUGUCUCCGGUGAGGUUAGCUUCGAUGAGAAUGGCGACCGGCUAGCUUCAUAUCAGCUGUGGAACGUGCAGCCGGUUGGCACAUCCUCCACACCCGCGUCACCCGAGGCGCGUGUCGCGGCCUCUUUCAGCGCCUCGACGCUGAGCUUCACCUUCCUUACCCAGGUGGUGUGGAUGGACUCGACAACAGGGCUUCGACCCCCGUCGCAGCUCUUUUCCUGCGACCCUGGCUUUUAUCAGGACCAGCAGUCGAAGCAAUGCAAGGAAUGUCCGAGGGGCCAGAUGUGUUUGGGAGGGCCUGCCGCUCCCUCUUUGCCAUGCCCUCGCGGAAGCUUUGCGAACGAGACAGGCAGCACGGAGUGCCGCCCGUGUCCUAGGGGCAACGUCGCCCGCGACGUGGGCUCGGCAGAGUGCAGCGAAUGCCUGCCUGGCUAUGCGGCGCCCGAAGAGGGUAUGGAGGCCUGCAAGCGCUGCGAGCCAGGCAGCUACAUGCCCUCCGCACAGGGCAUCCGAUGCCUUCCCUGUGGCAAGAACCAAAUCACUCUUUACAGUGGUGCGGAGGCUGAAUCAGAGUGCCUUUGCUCACAAGGUUCCUUCAUGUGCGAAGGCCGUGGUUGCAUACCCUGCCCAGAGGGGCUGUAUUGCCCCACAGGGCUGGCGCUCCCACAGCAACGGGGCGGCUUUUGGACAGAGCCAGUUUCCACUGGCUCACUGCAAUGUGCCUUCUCGGUCCUCCGCUGUCGGGACAAUCUUGAAUGCCCCGCUGGGCCACUGGGCACGUGUGCAGCAGGCAGGGAGGGGCGAGCAUGCAACAAUUGCAAGGAGAAGCACUUCCCCGUGGACGUUGGGUGUCAAUCCUGUGGUGAUGCCGACCUACUACCCGGAGUCAUCUUUGCCGUCUUUCUCCUGCUUGCAUUGAUUCUGCUCAGCAUCUCGGGCUUGGAGCCCAACCAAGUUAGCUUGAACACAUUGACAGCGACUGCAAUUGCAAGUCAGCUGGUCAUGGCAAUUCAAGCACUAGGCUCAAUCCGUGAACUGGCUAUCCAAUGGCAAGAGCCCGUAAAGACCUUGAUUGACUUGGCAAGCGUUUUGACCUUUGAUUUCCAUCUCAUACGCAUCACAUGCAUAUACGGAACAGAUAGUCCUGUUUUACUUUUCAUCAGUCAGCUGCUUGCCUGUCCAGCCGCCUGUACUGUUCUCUUGUGCAGCUGGCUCCUGUCAAGGGUGUUCGGGCGUCCCAAACCAAUGGACGUCAUCCUCAACCACUGCGGCCUCCUCUUCUUUGCAUUUUUCUUGUCCAUCACUUUGACCACUCUUAUGCCUUUCCAGUGCGUGCCAAAUCCAGACGGAAGUGCUUCGAUGAUGACAGACCCUGGUAUUGUUUGCUACCAGUCCGAUGAGCACGCGACUCUUGUCGGGCUGGCUGUGAUGGGACUCUUUACGCAGCCCGUGGCUGUUCUGGGAUGGGCGACUUUUGCCAUCAUGAUGUACCCGUCACGCGUGGCCACUGGAAGAGGCCUUCGCCUUGUAAACAAGCACCGCUUCCUUUUCCACCGCUUCAAGCCGCGGAACUAUUACUAUGGCCUGGUCCUCCUUUAUCGCAAUGGCCUCGUCGCCCUUCUGCCUGUUGUUCUCGUUGGGGCACCAUCACUGCAAGUGCCACUGAUGGGUGCCGUCCUGAUUGCCAGCCUAGCCGUGCAGGCGCACACUUGUCCAUGGCGUACUGCAAGGGCGAAUCUGGUUGACCUUCUACUGACGGCGUUUCUCCUUGUGAUUCUGUUGGGGGCUGCCCCGCUCUUGAAAAUGGAGGAUGACGAGUCCACUGCCGUACUCGGAUGGCUACUUUGCAUCCCUGUGCUGGCUAUUUUGGUUGCGGCUUUGUUGGCCCUGUUGAAAACAGCCAUCAGCAGUUUCCAAAAUAGGCACCUUUAUGGCAUCUUCCUUUGCCAUCACAAGGGGGGUUCAGGCAGUCUCUGCCGGCUCAUGAAGAUCUUGAUCGCCAGGCAUUCGUCCACUCGUGUGUUCUUGGAUUGCGAUCAGCUGGAGAACCUCGACUAUCUUUUCGACAUCGUUCGGACGGCUACAAGAAGCGUUGUGGUUGUGCUUACUCCCGAGUUGUUACGCAGAGUUUGGUGUGCCGGAGAAAUCGCAACUGCCUGGAAGAAUAGGAUCACUACCGUGCCGCUAGUUUGUGAUGGCUUCCAUGCAUUGUCAGAUGAAGCACAGAAGCUGAUCCCAACUCUCUGGACUCCUCAGCAAAAGCAGAUACUCGCCAACUAUGGGGUGGAGAUUGAUGCAGUGAACGGCGCCUAUGCUUGGUUGCAGCAUGAGCUGACUGCGUUGGAGAUGCCCCGAUUUGGUGCAGUCACUGGCCGAGAGAGCGCGGUUCUCGAGAUGCUUCGUCGGUGUGGCCUGGCUCCUCCCGUGCGAUCGAACCUUAGUAUCCUCAAGUCCUCGAGCUCCUCACAGGGCGUCCAGGCAAGGGCUCGCAUUUUGAUUACAAGCUCCGUUGCGGAUGCGGAGUCCUUGUCUGCUUGUGAAGUGUUCAUGCUGAUGCUGAUGGCCCACUUGCAUGUAGAGUGCGUGGUCGUCCAGAGUGCUCGGCAAAUGGCGAGUUGGAAGCCAUUUGCCUACUACCUCGUCAUCUUGCUCUUCAGGGGCAUGUUUCGGGAUAGCAGCUUUGCCAAAAUCUUGCUGAGCGCCAAUGCUCCCUCACCGAGUGGUCGGUGCCUUGAGCUGGUCUCGGUAAUCGCGGACUCGCACUUCGACUUCCCGAGCUUGGAGAGCUUGGAGAUGGACGAUACCUAUCUAGCACGCGUGUCCAGCAUGGAUAGCGAUCGGCCACUUCAUGGUCCCUCUGAUUCCCGGAAACUGCUGAAUGCCUACCAGAAUCUGCUGAAUGUGUUGGCUUUGCCGUUCUCGCCAUUGGCAUCGGAAGGUUUGCAGCAGAAACAAGUUGCAGAGAUCGCAACCCGCAUGCACAGGUACAAGGACGCAGCAGCGGCAGCCUCCAAAGACGAAGCUGAUGACAAUGCGCUUCAAGCUGGUGAAACUGGGGAAUUAGGCUCCGAAGCCGCGUAUAUGUCGUCAGACUGCGCGGAGUUCAGCGAUUUUAUGAACUUUGUGCCGCAGGCCUUCAGCCUCCUCUCUGACGAUGGCUUCGACCUGCGCAGUGACACAUUCUCCAUGUGA